AUGGGAUAUCGGUCAAGAAAAAUCCUGCAAAUGUGCACAGACAGGGCUCCUGUUCAAGAUUUGCCUUUAGAAGACGAAAAUAAUAAAGUUUAUUCUGAUAUUGACGAUAGUGAUAAAGAUCCAGAUUAUACUCCUCAUGGGACACCUAAAAAAAAGUUCAGGAAGUUUUUUAAUCUUGACGAUUUAUUUAGUGACGAAAAUAAUCAAAACACCAACAGAAAGUCAAAAAGUCCCAAUCAGGAGGCUGACGUUUUAAAUAAUAGUAAUGAAUUAGUAGAACCCAUCACUGGAGCUUACGAACAAUGUGAAAAUAGACAAGACGAUUCUAUCGAAAACGUAAAUCGGUUUUGUAGAUCAUUGUUAAAAGAAAUUGUAGACAAUAUAGUAAAAGAAGAGAAAGGUGUUCUUCUAAUCGUUUUAAGGCCUUUUUUUAAUGUAACUGAAGAAUUUGACCCAGUUUUAAAUAAAACGGUCGUAGUAAGAAUUCAUGCAAUUUCAACAUGGUUUCCGUUUGAUGAAACUAAGCAUUAUUAUGCGGGUGUCAUUUUUCAAAUCCCUUUGGAAUUAGUAUUUACUGUUACUAUGAUAAGUGUUGAUAUGUUUACUCACAGUCUAAUUAUCCAUCCUUUGACGGAAAUAAGGAUAUUAACACACAUAUUUCAAAAUUUUGACAAAUAUGUGUCAAAGGUUAAAAUUGACUGUGGAUAUGAUGAUGCAACUGCCAGUUUUGCUACUUUGAGAGAGUGCAUUCUUUUACAUAAGAGAAUAAUUAAGUAUGUGGACGAUUAUAAUUUGGUAAUGAGUAAUGUAACGCUAUUUGAUUAUUUACAAAGUUCGCUGGAGUUUGCUACAAUAAUUUUGCAACUUAAUGGAGGAAAAUCCAAAAUUUAUGGUUUAGUUUUUGUAGUUACGGGUGCAGCAGGUAUUUUAAGUAGGCUUUUUAUAUCUUACUGGUAUGCAGAUCAACUUACUUCAGAGGCAUCCGAUAUUGCACAAGCUUUGUUUGAAAGUAACUGGUAUGAACAAACGAAGGAAAUAAAAAAAAUAUUUAGCAUUAUUAUAAUGAGAUGUAGCAAAGAAAUCGCACUAUUUAUUGGACCGUUUGAUAAAAUGUCUAUGAGAAUUUUUUUAGCGGUAAUCAAAGCAACUUAUUCGUUUGUGACCAUGCUACAGGCCUUUUCUUAAAUCAAUUAUGAAAUGUUAUUAUCUUCAGUGGCGACGCGUGACUUUUUCUAAAGUGUUACCAAAACCAGAUGUGAAAAAUCUUAUUUAAAUAGUUUAUUUUGAACCUACCAUAUAUAAGUUUUUGCUUAUUUUAAGUAUUUUAUUUACUUUUUUAAAUUAUUUAAAGUAAAAAUUGCUGGAUUGGGGCACUUUAUAUAGCUCAUCGUCUUAUGCUAUGACUAAUCCAAGCGUGUGGGAUAAAAUAAAACAAAUGACUACUCCC